AUGACCAAUAAGGGCCUCCUCAUCGUCAACAAGGCGGCCACAGUAGGUCAGGUCCUAUUAACAGUCUCUUCCAUAAGCCAGCAAGCAGGAUUCACAACUCGUCUUGUUUCGCAUAAUAUCCGCCGCGGCGCGGCGAAGGAUCUAGCGAGGAUCCCCAAAAAGGCGAUUCACACUCACACUUCUAGUGUAGCACGCGCAAUAGGCCACUCAGAUAAAUCGAUAGGCAAAUACUACAACAACGAUAAGGAUCAAGCACUCAAUAUUCUCAAGCCGCAAAUCGAAAUCUCCCGUAUCGAUCAGAGACUGUUUCAAGCACCGACUACCUAUCCAAGGCCCAAUAGGCAUAAGAUACACGAAAUGGUUCAAAAGGAACUCAUCGCCAAAGGUGACGAGAUCAUACAAAAUAGUACCCGCGGUCUCCAGUUCUUCCUCGGUCCCCGACCUGGAAAGAAUAAGGACGGUUUUCAUAAGCACCGUGCCCUUCCAGAGCUACCACAAACCAAGAGACAGAAGCUCUCGGACUAUAUCUCCAUUAGCCCUACGCCUUUACGAUCUCUUGGGCAGUCUAAACAAAACGUCCGCAAUGGUACUUCAUCCACCUCCACCUCCACCUCGGACAAGAUGAGCGACAUCCCGAUCGAUCCUCAGCUUUCUCUGGCCAUACCCAUUGAUGAUCUUGAUAGGGAUACUCUCGUACAGGAGCUGGAUGUUGAAGAAAUUGAGGAGCUCCAGCUCAUUAAGGAGCAUAAUGUCUCUGAAAGCUUUUGGGAUCUUCUUAAUGGGCCUAAAACGAUUGAGCCUAGAACGACCGGAGAUCCGGAUAAUGAUCUCGCUUCGCUAUCAGAGUUACACCUAGCUCUUGAAGAUAUCUAG